AUGAGCCAAAGCAGUGCCUCACGCCUGGCCGGCUCCCCGCCGCUGCCGGGGGGCUCGCUGCUGGCCCUGCUGGCCUCCGAGCCUUCCCCGUCCCCUCCUAGCGGGACCCCCUCGCCGGGGCCACCGCCGGCGCUGCUGGAAGGGGACUGGGAAGGGCGCGAGGAGCUGCGGCUGCGGGAGCUGGAGGAGGCUCGGGCGCGGGCGGCACAGAUGGAGAAGACGAUGCGGUGGUGGUCGGACUGCACUGCCAACUGGCGUGAGAAGUGGAGCAAGGUGCGGGCCGAGCGCAACCGCGCCCGGGAGGAGGUGCGGCAGCUACGGCACCGCCUGGAAGCCCUUACCAAGGAGCUGGCCGGCCUCCGCCGCGACCGCGACCGGGACCGGCCGGACGAGCGGCCCCCGGCUGCCCGCCCGCCGCCGCCGCGGCUUCACGGCCAGCCUGGCACCGCCUGCCCGCCCGACAGCGAUGGGGCAGAGGGAGAGGCUGACCCUGAGCAUGAGCCUGUGCGGGAUGUGGGGGCUGAGACUCCCCCAAAAGCCAAGGAGCUGGAGCUGAUGGAAAACAUCUUGACGAGCAAGCAGGAGGAGAGCUGGGAGCAGCGGGGCCCCCGCGCCUCCUUCGGCCGCCAGGAGCGCAGCCGCCUGCUCUGGGAGGACGUCAGCGUCAUGGAGGAGGACGCCACCAAAGUCACUGCCCUGAAGCUGAGGCUGGAUGAGUCCCAGAAAGUGCUGCUCAAGGAGAGGGAGGACAAGCUGGCGCUCAGCAAGAGCAUCGAGAAGCUGGAGGGCGAGCUCAGCCAGUGGAAGAUCAAGUAUGAGGAGCUCAACAAGAACAAGCAGGAGGUGAUGAAGCAGCUCAACAUCCUGAAGGAGAUCCACCAGGAUGAGCUGGGACGCAUCUCUGAGGACCUGGAGGACGAGCUGGGUGCUCGCUCCAGCAUGGACAAGAAGCUGGCGGAGCUGCGUGCGGAGAUGGAGAGGCUGCAGGCAGAGAAUGCAGCCGAGUGGGGCCGGCGGGAGCGGCUGGAGACGGAGAAGCUCAACCUGGAGCGGGAGAACAAGAAGCUGCGGGCGCAGAUCGAGGACCUGGAGGAGGUGCUGGCGCGCAAGCGGCGCCAGACGGCCAGCGCCCUGGACACCGACCUCAAAGCCAUCCAGGCCGAGCUCUUCGAGAAGAACAAGGAGCUGGCUGACCUGAAGCAUGUCCACACCAAGCUGAAGAAGCAGUACCAGGAGAAGAUGGCAGAGCUGGCCCAUGCCAACCGCCGUGUGGAGCAGCAUGAGGGCGAGGUGAAGAAGCUGCGCCUGAGGGUGGAGGAGCUGAAGAAGGAGCUGGCCCAAGCCGAGGACGAGCUGGAUGAGGCCCACAACCAGACGCGGAAGCUGCAGCGGUCUCUGGACGAGCAGACGGAGCAGAGUGAGAGCUUCCAGGUGCAGCUGGAGCAUCUGCAGUCCCGGCUGCGGCGGCAGCAGAGCACUCCGCUCUUCGGCAAGAUGCGCAGCUCCCGUUUCGGCCCCGACGACGACGCCGGCGACGGCACCAGCGACCCCGACGAGGACGAGGACCUGCAGCUCCAGGUGCCCUAG